AUGGACUCUAGCUCGCCUUUGUUGACUCAAAACACAAGGUCCAAGAGUUUCUCUCUAGUGCAGUCAAUCACUCGCGACACUCUAAUCAUAUUGAAAUCGUCUCCUGUCAAUUUUCUGAUUGUUUUCGUACCCCUGGGCUUGUUGUUCGGAUUUGCAAAAUUAUCGGUAACAUGGACGUUCAUCCUUAAUUUCGUGGCGAUUAUUCCCUUGGCUGCAAUCCUGGCUUUUGCCACGGAGGAACUUGCUGACAAGGCCGGUUCUACGCUAGGAGGUCUUUUGAAUGCUACACUUGGCAAUGCCGUUGAGCUCAUUGUGUCCGUCAUUGCUCUUUACAAUAACCAAAUUACUAUUGUCCAGGCUUCCAUGCUUGGUAGCAUUUUGUCCAAUUUACUGUUGGUGCUUGGAUUCUGCUUUUUGGCAGGCGGUUACAACAGAGUGGAGCAAAACUUCAAUCAGACGGCAGCUCAAACCAUGUCUUCGCUCUUGGCGAUCUCGUGUGCUUCGCUCUUGAUUCCUGCAGCUUUCCGUGCGUCGUUACCAGAUGACAACAAGAAACAAGAUUUGUUGAUCAACAGCAAGAUUUUGAGUCUUUCCAGAUCGACUUCUAUUGUGUUGCUUAUUGUCUACGUGUGUUUCUUGAUUUUCCAGCUAGGAACCCACCACAACCUUUUUGAACAGCAAGAAGAUGAAACGGAAGAGGUUUUGGAGCAACACCCAAACCGUGCAACAUUGUCCGUGAAGUCUUCCGUGACCUUUUUGCUAAUUACCACCGUGCUUGUUUCUGUCUGUGCGGAUUUCCUAGUUGGCAGUAUUGACCAUGUUGUGGAAACAUCCGGUCUAUCUAAAACUUUUAUCGGUUUGAUCGUCAUCCCCAUUGUGGGCAACGCAGCCGAGCAUGUCACUUCUGUGAUUGUGGCUACUAAGAAUAAGAUGGACCUUGCCCUGAGCGUGGCUAUUGGCUCGUCGUUGCAAAUUGCGCUCUUCGUGACGCCCUUCAUGGUGCUGGUUGGCUGGGUUAUUGGCGUUCCAAUGACGCUAAACUUUUCCACUUUUGAAACCGCCACCUUGUUCAUUGCCGUGUUCCUGUCCAACUACUUGAUCUUGGACGGGUUGUCCAACUAUUUGGAGGGAAUCAUGUCCAUUGCCAUGUACAUCUUGAUCGCUCUGGCUUUUUACUACUAUCCAGAUGAACGUGCUAUGGCUGCCGUCACAUCCGUUUAA